ACAAAAAUCCCUUUUGUGAAAAGUAAUGGAGAUUGCUUACUACUUAGUCUCAUUUUUAUUUGCAUUUACUUUAGUAGUAAUAUAUGCAUGGAGGUUGUUGAAUUGGGCAUGGUUUAGGCCAAAGAAACUGGAAAGAUGCCUCAGAAAAAAAGGUCUCAAAGGAAACUCUUACAAACUAAUUUCUGGAGACCUCAAAGAGUCGUCCAAAAGCAUUGAAGAUGCUAAGUCCAAGCCAUUGAAUGUGUCUGAUGAUGACAUAUCACCCAGAAUUCUCCCUUAUAUCGUUGAAACAAUCAAGAAACACGGUAAAAACUGUUUUAUGUGGGUUGGGCCGAAGCCUAUGAUACUUGUAAAGGACCCUGAGGUAAUAAAGGACGUGUUUAUCAAACAUGCUCCCUAUCAUAAGCCAAAUUCAACUCCCCUGACCAAGUUGUUGGUACAAGGAGUUGCAACUUACGAAGAGGAUAAAUGGGCAAAGCACAGAAAAAUCCUCAAUCCGGCUUUCCAUAUGGAGAAGAUAAAGCUCGCCACUGCCGGUGCUACAGUCACCAACGACGAGUUGGUUGUGAAAAUUCUGAGUGGCCUUGGAUCAGAUUUUCGUGAGAUUUCCGCUGCAAUUCGGGCAAGAGAUUCCAUAAUCUCUUACGAUGAGUUGUAUGCGAAACUAAUCGAUUAUGAGCUCUUCCUCAAACAUGAGGAAUUGAAGAAAGAAACCACUGCAAUAACUGCUGCUAUGGUAACUCACAACAGAUCCACCAAUUCCAACAACCGCACUGCUCGUCGACCCAACAACAACUCACAAUGGCGUUCCAACAGUCGUACAAAUGCUCCUGCGCAAGGACGUUACACCAAUUACUUUGUUCGCCGUCGGUUAUGCAACAAACGAAGGACAUCUCGCAAAUGUCGCCAAUGGAUCGCGAUCUCACGAUCAUUUUAG